UCCUACCAGCAGCCCACCUCGUUCGGCCAAUCGCCGCCGGGCGGCAGAAUGGACCCCUACCCGCCGUACCUCCACGCGGACCCGCCGCCGCAAUGGCCUCCUCCGCGAUCGACGGCGGCGGCUGCUUCCUCCUUUCCGCCCCAAAACUUCACCGUCCUCCUCCCCAGAUACGACCAGGACAUGCAGCAGCUGCGCGCGAGCGCGCUCUUCGGCGUCGGCAGCUCGCAGCCGCACGGGCUGCCGCUGCCGCCGCCGGCGGCGGCAAUCGAGCAGCCGGCGAAGGACGGGUACAGCUGGCGCAAGUACGGGCAGAAGCAGCUCAAGGACGCCGAGUCGCCACGGAGCUACUACAAGUGCACCCGCGACGGGUGCCCCGUGAAGAAGGUCGUGGAGCGCUCCUUCGACGGGUUCAUCACGGAGAUCACCUACAAGGGCCGCCACAACCACCCGCGCCCCCAGGAGCGCGGGCACGCCGGCGGCGGGAACGAAGCCCUCGCCGCCGCGGAGGACAUGGAUGGCCCGAGCGACGACGACGACGACGACGCGUUGCAUGAGGAUGACGUCGACGGGGCUCCUGGCAUGGGCGCCGGCGGCGAGGCCGGGCAGAGGGUGGUGAAGAAGCCCAAGAUCAUCAUCCAGACCCCGAGCGAGGUGGAUCUCCUCGACGACGGCUACAGGUGGCGCAAGUACGGCCAGAAGGUGGUCAAGGGCAACCCUCGGCCGAGGAGCUACUACAAGUGCACGGCGGACAACUGCAACGUGCGCAAGCAGAUCGAGAGGGCGUCCACCGACCCCAGGUGCGUCCUCACGACGUACACCGGCCGCCACAACCACGACCCGCCGGGCCGGGGCAACGAAGCCGCCGCCGCCGCCUGUUCCGCCGGACAACCGACGCCUCCGGCCGGCGGAAGUGGGGCGUUCCAGCAGACCGGCGGCGCUCGGGAGCUGAAAGAGGAGAGAUAGCUCGGCCGAGGUCGGCUGACCGCUCGAUCGUUUGAAGCUGGGGGGUUUUGUGGAGUGUGGUUUUUCCCUGGGUGUGAAUAACAGAGGCUGGAUCAUCGAUUCUUUCGGGCAGGUGUUUCUGCUGCCGGCUAAUUAUAUUGUUGAUUGUAUUUGGUUAGGUUUUCAGCUGUUUUAGAGGAGCUGACAUGUUGAUUUUUCAGCUGAACAUGUUGUGCUGUGUGAUUUGUACAUUUGUUGUUUCUUUGUUUAAUUCUCUUUUUUCAUUUACAAUCAGGAUUUCAUUUUU